CGUAGGCAGAGCACAUACAAACAAGCAUCCGUCAGUGUUGGAAAGGAGAUGAGCGUUCGUCCGUAAUAUUAUACCUGUCUUGUUCGUAAAAUUUUGUCCUUUGUUACAGUAUGGAAGCAAGAUAUAAUUUAAGAAGUCCAGGAGUGAAACGCUUGAUGAGAGAAGCAAAGGAGUUGAGUCAACCAACAGAGCUGUAUUUUGCGCAACCACUGGAGGAUAAUUUGUUUGAAUGGCACUUCACAGUACGUGGCCCUCCUGACAGUGACUUUGCUGGGGGACGAUAUCAUGGCAGAAUAACUCUGCCACCAGAGUAUCCAAUGAAACCACCAAGUAUUAUGUUAUUGACUCCAAAUGGUCGAUUUGAAGUGGGAAAGAAAAUUUGCCUCAGUAUGUCAGCCCAUCAUCCUGAAACUUGGCAACCAUCAUGGAGCAUUCGCACAGUGCUCAUGGCAAUCAUUGGAUUUAUGCCAACACAAGGAGCUGGAGCGAUAGGAUCACUAGACUAUACUCCACAAGAAAGGAAGGUUCUGGCCAAAAAAUCACUUGAUUGGAAAUGUAAUACUUGUGAAGGAUGUAUGAAAACUGCUCUCUUAGAGACCUCUGGUGAUUCAUCAUCUAAGGAAGCAGAAAGGGAAGCUGUAGAAUUAGCUGCACAAAUCACAUUUAAGGGAGAGAGUGAAAAAGAGAAAACCUCUCAAGGAAGCACAGCAACACCAACUUCUAAUGUAACAAGCCAACCACAGGCUGCCUCUACGACAGAAUCUGUUCCUACAGGAAAUUCUCAAAUGGGGGCCUAUUCAAUGGGUGUAGCUUCACAGUACUAUGCAGCAUACCAGCAGGGGGGAUACCCUUACUAUGCCACAGGUUACCCGAUGUACAACAUGUUGAAUUCCAAUCCUUUACCAGCCCAAGGAUACCAACCUUCAACUAUUUUACCCAAUCAGAAUGGUGCUCAUGUCACACCAACCAAUCAGAAUGCAGAAGAUAGAGGGACAGCUAGUAGCAUGCGUCAAAGGACUGUGGUUAAUCAGAGUGCUGCAUCGCAAAAUACGAUGCAGCCAGUAUCCCAGACUAAUUCUGUGGUUCAAAGACAACCCCGCAUUACACAAAGCAGCAUGGCCUCUUUAAUUGUUCUUUGGGUCUUGGCUGUGUCAAUAGCUGCACUGGUUUGUAGAAGAAUUUUUAUGAUAUCACAAUGAAUGAUUUCGUUUACGUUUACAAGAACACUGUAAGUAUUGAAUGUAAAUGGACCACAUGUGAUAAAACUGGGGGUACUUUUUCCCCCAAAAAAAUUUAGGAUGCUCUUUCAGCUCAAGGGACUAAGGGGGGAUGUUUUAUUAAAAUCCAGGGGGUAAGUUUCUAAAGAAACUGUGGUGCUGCGUUAAGAAUGAAUUUUUCAGAAGAAAAAAUAACACGUGUUCUCGAGUCACUUAGUUUACAAAGAUACAUGUCAAUAAAGGAAAUCUUAAAAAAAAAAACGUUU